UACACGAGCUGAGGGACGGUAAGGUAAUGAAGCUGCCUUUCCAUGUCGCGCUGCUGAAUGUGAUGUUGCAAAUGUUCAUUCGGAUAUAGAACGGCAAGUGCUAGAAGCAGUGGUUCCUUUAUGGCAAUGGGAAUUAUGGGGGGUUUCUAUUUGUGAAGAUGCUUGUUUUGCCGCCAACUGAAGAAUACAAUCACUUUUGAGUUUGAUUAGGAUGAUAGGAGCAUGGCAAUUUGUUUGACCAGUCCCCGCACUCAUUCUAGCCCUGAAUUUGGAAAACUCCGUAGUACAAAUAUCACUAUUCGUAAAUUACACUUGAACCUAGCCUUCAAUAGUAAGUUGAGAUUUCCAUAUUCAAUCUCAGUCCCAAAUGUUCAAUCUCGAAAAUACUCCCACUUUUCAGAGUCUUCAUCCGUAAAAGGCGGUGGUGUUUCUCCGGAAGCAUAUCAAGAUGACGAUGAUGAUGGACUUCAAAUAGGGGACUCUAAUUUUGACAAAUUAAAGGAAUGGGUGAAUAUUGUUAGGCCUUUUAUUCCAGGUGGGAGUUGGUGGAAUUUAUAUAAUGCAGAGGGAAAACAAGAUGGCUCCCCUACUUCAGCCAAUCCAGUGAGUCUUCCCUAUGCCCUUGCUAGGAUGUGGACGCUGGUGGCUGAUCAGAGAUGGGUCCUAUGCACAGCCUUUGCCGCCCUUGCCAUAGCUGCGGUAGCGGAGAUCUCAAUACCAAGUAUAUUGGCUGCAUCAAUCUUCGCUGCACACAGUGGUAACCGGGACGUGUUCCUGGGGAACUCAAAGUUACUAGUUUUCCUUUGUUUCACUUCUGGGAUUUGCAGUGGCUUGCGAAGUGGCUGCUUUGCCGUUGCAAAUACUGUCUUGGUUAAACGUAUGAGGAAAACUCUGUACAGCAUUCUUCUUGAUCAGGAUUUUUCCUUUUUUCGUACCGAAGCUGUCGGUGAUUUGACCAGCAGGCUUGGAACAGACUGUCAAAGAUUAUCCCACACUUUUGGAGGCAAUCUACAUCUGAUAGUACGCAACUUGCUUCAGGGAACAGGAGCAUUCAUCUAUUUGGUGACUUUGUCUUGGCCUCUUGCGCUGUCAACGAUGGUGAUAUGCUCUCUGCUAUCAGUAAUCUUUCUUUUUUAUGGCAGGUACCAAAAGAAAGCAGCGAAGCUUAGCCAAGACUAUACAGCUUCUGCAAAUGAAGUUGCAACAGAAACACUUUCUCUGAUCAGAGCUGUCAGAGCAUAUGGAACAGAAAGACAGGAAGUUGAAAGGUUUGUGCAGCAACUCGAGAACAUAGCCUUUGUGGGAAUUCGAGAAAGUGCUGCCAAUGGAUUCUGGAGUAUGAGUUUUCAUUCCCUUUAUCGCUUUACACAGGUUUUGGCAGUUCUUUUAGGCGGCAUGUCUAUUUUGACUGGUCACGUAUCAGCUGAGCUGCUUACUAAAUAUGUUUUCUACUGUGAGUGGUUGAUUUAUGCGGCAUGGAGAGUGCAAGACAACCUGUCGUCAUUACUUCAAUCUGUUGGAGCUUGUGAAAAAAUUUUCCUGUUGAUGAAUCUCUCGUCAAAUGAUCAAUUAUCAUCAAAAGGAGUGAAAUUGUCAAAGCUAAGGGGUGAUAUUGACUUUGUCAAUGUAUCCUUUCACUACCCGUCACAGAAUAUGGUACCUGUUUUAGAAAACAUGAACUUUUCUAUACGAGCAAAUGAAACAACUGCAAUCGUUGGUGUCAGUGGUAGUGGGAAAAGCACAUUGAUAAAUCUUUUGCUUCGUCUCUAUGAACAAACUGAUGGUCAGAUUUUUAUUGAUCAUUUUUCCCAUAGAGAACUCGACAUCAGGUGGCUGAGAGGAAAAAUUGGAUUUGUUGGACAGGAUCCCCAUCUGUUUAAUAUGGAUAUCAAGUCAAACAUAUGUUACGGUUGCAAUAGAAAUAUCAGACAGGAAGAUAUAGAAUGGGCUGCAAAGCAGGCUUAUGCACACAACUUCAUCUCUUCCCUGCCGAAUGGUUAUGGAACAAUUAUAAAUGAUAACCUUCUGAGUAGAGGACAAAAGCAGCGUAUUGCUCUUGCAAGGGCCAUUCUUAGGGACCCUGAAAUUCUAGUUCUUGAUGAAGCUACCAGCGCUUUGGAUGCAGAAAGUGAAUACUACAUCAAGUGCUUUCUCCAGUCUUUCAAAAUCAAAACAAAAAGAACUGUCAUUGUCAUUGCACAAAGAAUGUCUACCUUAGAAGCUGCAGACAAUAUCCUGGUAAUCGAUGGCGGGCAAAUUGUUGAGCAUGGCAAGCACAGUGAUCUCCUCAGGAAGGAUGGACUGUAUGCACGUUUGUGGAGAAUUCAAGCUAAUGCCUGGGCUUAAACCAAUGCAAGGAGGGCAAUUACACCCCAAGUGUUACGUCAAAUGGAAGUGCCAGAUGGUAAAAUUAAUAGAACAUUGACAUGAAGGGAAGGAAAUACUGUCAAGGCUAAGCAAUUGCCUCUAAUUUAUCCUUCAUCGAUUAUCAGAAAAACUGAGAAAAACAUGAUGUGGCUAUCUGCGAGCAUCAAAACAAAACGUUUGACAGUGUCCUUUUUUCUUUUUUCUUUUUUUUUUCGGUAGUGCCCGAUAACAACUGUAAAUAACGUGUUGGAGACCGGAGGUUGACUUUUAACGUUUUGCGCGGACACUAGGGCCGAGGGUGAGGCUCGGGACUGCCUAAUUUUUCGAACGAAGGGCUUCACAGCUGCUCAAGUGCUUCUGUGUUGAAGUCAGUGGAUUGUGGAACCUGUUGGCGAGGAAGGCUUUCUGAUCCUCUACAGCGUCCUUCCCAUCGUGGUGGUUGUUCUGGAGCUAAUUUGUUUUGAUUCCUUGAGUAGCUUGUUUUCGCCAUGGCUAACGAACGCUUUUUGACUCAGUUUGUCGCUUUCCAUGGUCGAUAGCUUAAACUGCGAAGUGGUGUUCAGAGACCCGUAUAAACGAGCUUUAUGACAUAGAUACAUGUAUGCACGGAUUGCUAUAUGUAGCAUGAAUGAUUAGAAAAUGUUACGAUCCCUUUUUUGGGUACGAUAUUCAUGAUUAUAAUU